GUUAAAGCCUUAUUGGCAAGAGGCGCUCGAAGAACACAGAAGGAGUAUUAAAAAGCGAAAACAAGAAGAUAAGGAAAAUUUUGAUUCCGAGAAAGAAAGGAAGUCCACUAAAAAAUCAAAAAAAAUUAUCAGAAGUUGGACGACUAGCGGAGUGAUCAGUCCAGAUCAAAGGGCUAAGUUCUACUAUGCAGACCCAGCGGAAACCAACAUUGAAUUGGUGAAUAAAAUCUUAGAAGGUGAAUUUGUGGCACUCCACGGUCCACGAGCGUCCGGAAAGUCAACACGAAUAUAUCGUACCAUGCAGCAAUUAACAGAACGACAUAAUUGCCAUUGUUUCUACAUUACUUUACAAAACGUCGAAAUUGACACUUGCGCAGCACGUUUCUGGUCUGAUUUAGGAAGAAAUCUACAAAUAUUGAAUGUUUCUUUAUUUAAUCGUCCAUCUAUAAAGUCUGGAAGUGAGUUUGCCGCAGCAUUUAACGAAUGGAACUCCGUCGUCAUCUUCGUAGAUGAGUUUGAUAGAUUGUAUGGUGCAAUCGAUAAAGUUCGUAACGAGUUCCUUGGUUGCUUUCGCACCAUCAAGCACGCUAUGGCCGCGAAUUCGAAUUAUCCUAUCCUUUCGGUAGUCGUUGUUGGAACUUUUGGAAUUCUUGAGCUGAACUCAAGCAAUGACUACGAUUCACCAUUCAACGUCCGAAACCCUCUCCAGAAUCCUAAUUUAACUAAAAAGCAAGUGCAAAAGCUUUUCGAAAAGUUCGAAAUGGAACAUAAGUUCAAAGUUUGUCCAGAUAUUAUUGAAGAUAUCUACUUGCAGACAAAUGGACACGCUAGCAUGGUUUGCCUUUGCGGAAUUUUGAUAGAAAAAAUGAGAAUACUAGACGAUGAUGGUAAUUUCAACUUCGCAUCUUGGAAAGGCUUGGUUUUUAAAUCGUUGAAUAAGAACAUUUAUGGGUAUAGCACUUUCGAGAGGAUAAUAAAAGAUCUUCUCAAGGAGAAUUCAAGACCAGCAGUGGACCUCUUGCAUUUACAAUUUCUCCCAAAUCCCGAACCCGUUACUAUCAGAAAUUUACAGGAUCUAAUUCAGGCCUGUCAUCUCGCUAGAAAUGGGGUUUUGAUCACUGUAGACAAUCAAAAUGACACAUUCAAGAUGUCCUCACCUCUCUUACGCUCUGUUAUAUUACGUUAUGUCCUACCUGAUAUAUUCAAGUACUGCCCACCAAAUGAAAUACCAAAGCGUCCCGAUCAAAGCAUAAACUUGCUUAGUGCUUUAAAAGAUGCAGUUUGUACCUUCGAAAAACAAAAUAUCAAAUUGGCAGCUUUUCACUCGCAUAAGAAAGCACAGGUACCUGUUGGUGGAUCUACUAACGUAUUGGUUCCUCGAGAGAGCGUAUACCAACAGCAGCUUGCAGGCAUUUUUACAAAUUGGAUUUCAUCACUAGGCACCUUCCAAUUGGCCUGGCCAACCAACAUCAAUCCUUGA